AACAUGCAGUUUUGAUCAUGAUUUUGUGAUCAUGUGGCACUUUCCAGAUUUAUCUCUAUCCUUUUUUUCAGACAUCAUUAGGUGCUCUGACGUCCAAACAGUUGUCUUUUUUCUUCUCUGAUUCUUUCCUCUAUUUUAAGGCUCCAUCCAAACAGGACAGUCAGGGGUGUGGCCUUCUCUGUUUCAGCUCGGUUUCCGUUUCAACAACAAGAAUGACACACGCCUUUUUAUCUUUUCUGUUUCCCCCUACAACUUCUGACAAAAACAGAGGUAUAUAUAAUCCCACACAAGCAAAGCCUGUAUAAAUUCACCCUGGCACCUGACAAUGCACAACAGAGUUCGGGGUAGAGCUACAACCUGAGAAGUUCAUAAAGCAAUACAUACAAAGAGGUACCACAGGCAACUUCUUAAUUAAAUACCUACCUAGAGUGUUAGACAGAAAUAUUGGACAUCACGAACCUCUUUGAGACACUGCAUGGAAGAUUUGCAAACCAGCUUGGAGUCACACAAGACUGAUUGGAUUUUUGACUCCAGACAAAGAACUUCACAGCAACAUACGGCCAAGAGGAAGAACUACUCCACAAAGAUGGUGGCUUUAUCCUUGCCUCCUCGUCCUGCCCUGUUGUUCUUAGUCCUGAUGAGUGUGACACUGACAACAUCUGCAUUUCCCCACCCUCAGCUUCGACCUCUGCAAAGUAACUUGCCUGCUCUCGGUCAGGAGGACUCCAAAGGUGAACAGUGGGAAGUUCUGUAUCCCUCCAUCUCACUCCGUGAUUGGAGCAUUCAGAUGCUGACCGCUCCAGAUUUUGGUGCAGCUAAAGCUGGAACAGAACAGCUGGUGGGGGAUGAUUGGCUUCCGCUCAGCCAGUCACAGAUGGAGGAGGAGCUGGUGAAGGGCUGGCCGGGCAACUGGCCUUCACGGGUGGGUCACCAGCAGAAGAGGAACAUAGUGGUGGCAGAUGACGCUGCAUUUAGAGAGAAGAGUAAGCUUUUGACAGCGAUGGAAAGACAGAAAUGGCUCAAUUCCUAUAUGCAGAAACUCUUAGUAGUUAACUCUAAGUAAUUAUUAUGUUUAUGUAAAUGUAUAUAUAUAAAAUAUAUUGAAAAAUAUUAUAUUUCACGUGGGAGAAAAAUAUUUGAUCAUCACAGAUAAUGUAACCAAGCCGAAGGGUUAGUUCCAAAAAUGAAAAUUCUGUCAUCAUAUAUUCAUGCCAUUUUAAUCUGACAUGCUUUUCUUUCCUGUGUGGAUUGGAACACUAAAGGAGUUAUUUAGCAUGAUGCCCAAGCUGCUUUUUUUUUCAACAAGAAAGUAAAUCAUGCCGUUUUGUAAUGACAUGAUAUAAAUAAAUGAUGAGAACUUUCAUUUUUGGGUGUUCUAUUACUUUUAAAAACUCAGUAUUUUAAAAAUAUAUGUAGAUAAAGGUGUUUUCUCUUUCUUUUAGAUAAUCUUUGAA